AUUUCCUGCGUUAAAUACCUAAUUACCUUGCCUAAACGGUGCAUAUGUACACUUUACAGACUAUAGGAGUAAUUUCAUUGUGGUAAAGCAGUUUAUACGGCUCGUGUAUUACGUAAACUGACGCACUACAUCUCAUGUCGGAACGUUUUUUGUCCACGCGUUUCGUAUCCGCACGCACGCACACCGGAUCAAUCACGCACGCACGCCACUGCCGGUCUCUGCGUGUGCCAACCUUUGACCGGAGCGCUUAAUUCGUGUGUAUAAAUAGCGCCAAUAAAAAGAGACACCCGUGCCAAAUGGUAGUAGGAAUACUCCUCUCUCUAUUCGCAUCCAUGUCGUCCGCGGUGCAGGCUUUCCGCGAGCGCACGUUCGUUAUCGUCAAGCCGGACGGUGUGCAGAGGGGCCUGAUCGGCCGAGUAGUCAGCCGCUUUGAGAAGAAUGGCUUCAAAUUAGUGGCUAUGAAGUUCCUUCAGGCAACCGAAGAAACAUUGAAAAAGCACUAUGAGGAGCUCGCUGAACGUCCGUUUUUCCCCGCCCUCAUACAGUACAUGCAGAUGGGUCCUAUCGUGAUCAUGGUAUGGGAAGGCAAAGACAUUGUCAAAAGGGCACGAGAUAUCAUAGGUGCCACUGAUCCACUCAAGUCGAGCCCUGGUACCAUACGAGGCGACUAUGGAAUUGCAACUGGAAGGAAUGUUGUUCACGGCAGCGACUCCUUGGACAGCUCGAAGAGGGAAAUCAACUUGUGGUUCAGUAGGGCUGAGGUCAUCCCUUGGCAGCAAGAGUUGGAUGACUGGCUGAACAAAGAGAACUGAAGCGUAGUUACAGUGGCACUAACCAUUUACCUCCCACAUAUGAGCUCUGACCCUACGAUCAUGAGAUCGAGUCGUGACCACUGCAGCUGCUUUUUCAAUGAAGCUGAUAUGCUAGGGGCCCAUGUUCUUAGAUUUAGGCAUACGUUAAAGAGCACCAGGUGAUGAAAA